AUGUCUACCAUACAAAGAAAGGGCAGCAGCCACCUGUUCAACAGUUUGCACACCUGUAGACUGAAGAUUCCAGAGGACCAGCAACAUCAAGAAAAAUCUGUCAUUGCUCAACCAAUAUUUGUUUUUGAAAAGAGAAAACAAACUUUUAAGAGACCUGCAGAAGACACCCUGUAUGAAGCAGCAGAACAUGAAUGUAAUGAUUCUUCAAGAAAACGUGUCCGGUCUUCAUCUUUUACUUUGCAUACUACAGAUUCUCAGUCCCAAGGAGCAUCAACCUUGUCCCAGAAGCGACUAAGAUCGUCAUCCUUCACGGAUCUCCCGACCUUCCCCCCUUCUGGGCCAGUGAAGAAAAACAAUGUUUUUAUGACAUCAACUUUUGUGCAAAGGAAUGUUGAUAUGAACAGUGCGGAACAAGGUCCUGUGAAACAUUCUGAACAUGUUCUAAGACCUGCUAUCUUGCAGCCACCUCAAGCUCAGAAGUGUAUAAAAGUAAGAAAAGCAUUUGGACACGAUGUGCUGGAAUCCUGCAAGAGUAGAGAAAAAAACAAAAGUAAGAUUUCUGAGGAGAACUCCUAUUUGCUAAGUGAAAAUUUACCAGGUGCCAGAAUUUCAGUCCAGCUGUCUACUAACCAGAAUUUUUUAGGUCCUACAUCAGUAGGAUGUCAACCAAAUGAAGAUAAGUAUUCUUUUAAAAGCUGCAGUUCUGAUUUCGUUUUUGGAGAAAACAUGAUAGAAAGAGUUUUGGGUACUCAAAAACUCACUCAGCCUCAACUUGAAAAUGAUUCACACAUCAAGGAAAAAUCAUUCAAAUUCACUUUAAAAUUGCCUAUCAACGCUCCAAACUCAAGAACAGACUCUCUUAAGAAUAUACCCCUAACUGAAUCAGCUGCUGCUUUCUCUUCUAAACCAUCACCAAAAUGUUUGCUGGAGAAAAUUGAUGUCAUAACCGGGGAGGAGACAGAACACAGUGUGUUAAAGAUCAACUGCAAGCUUUUUAUAUUCAACAAAACAACACAGUCUUGGAUUGAAAGGGGCAGAGGGGCUUUGAGACUGAAUGACACAGCAAGCAGUGAUUGUGGAACAUUCCAGUCAAGACUAAUUAUGCAUAAUCAAGGCAGCCUGAGGCUGAUUCUCAAUAGUAAACUCUGGGCUCAAAUGGAGAUUCAAAAAGCAAACCACAAAAAUUUACGAAUAACAGCUACUGAUUUAGAAGACUAUAACAUCAAAGUGUUUUUAAUUCAGGCCAGUGCCAAAGAUACAGGAUGUAUGCAUGCAGCAAUACAUCACCGUCUUGUUGCACUUCGAAGCUUCUAUAAGCAGAAAGAUGCAAAUCAAGCUGAAAGCCAGUCAGAAACAGUCCUCCAACAAUUUAACUGUGAUAGCUGUGAUGAGGAUGAGGAUGAUUUUAUCCAAGUUACUAAAACUAGAUCAGAUUCUUCUAGGUGGACUCACAGACAGUCAGUUGCCUGUUCAUGA